AUGUUCACUGGUAUCGUAGAAUGCAUAGGGACCGUUUUGGAAAAUAAUCCGUACGAUGACUCUGAAAGUGGAGGCCAAGGUGUCUCUAUUACCAUCGGCAGUGCGGGAAGUAUUCUUACUGAUUGUCACAUUGGAGAUUCAAUAGCCGUGAAUGGGGUAUGUCUCACUGUAACCGAGUUUGAUAAUGAGUCCUUCAAGGUUGGGAUAUCACCAGAAACUAUGAAACGAAGCAACGUCGCUUCCUGGAUCCAAGGCACCAAAGUUAACUUAGAGAGAGCGGUAUCUCAAGACGUGAGGUUCGGUGGCCAUUAUGUACAGGGCCAUGUAGAUACUGUUGCUAAUAUUGUCUCAAGGAGACCUGAAGGCAAUUCGAUUAUUUUUGGGUUUCAAUUAAGAGACCAAGAGUAUUUUAAGUACAUAGUAGAAAAAGGGUUCAUCUGUAUAGAUGGAACCUCCUUGACCGUAACGAAAGUUGACGCACUUUCGGAAGGUGGUGCCUUCUAUAUUAGUAUGAUCAAACAUACACAAGACAAUGUUAUCAUGCCCCUGAAGAAAAUUGGUGACGAAGUUAACAUUGAAGUAGAUUUGACUGGGAAGAUUAUUGAGAAGCAAAUCCUAUUAACUUUGGAAAACCAAAUAUCAAAGAAAGAUAGCACUCUAAAUACCAUGAUCGCAAAUAUUAUUGAAGAGAAAGUUAGAAGCUAUCUAAAUAAAUAA